AUGAAGCUUGUAAAUGAUGGUGAUGGUAAUGGAUUCACUGGUGAUGAUGUUGAAUUUCGUUGUGAUGAUGGUGUUUUUGAUAAUGGAAGCUUUUACGAUAACUAUUUUGGGUGUCAUGUAAUAGAUCAAUUUCCAAAUGAUCCAAGCUAUGUCCCGAGUGAAGAUAUAGCGCAGAGUGGUGAAGAUAUCAUUGGUUCCAAUCCCACACCAGAUGAUAUAGUACAUGAGGGAGGUAACAAUGUACUCGAGGAAUGUGAGAAAGUAGUUCAAGAAAAUAAUGAUGUAAUUGGGAAUGACAAUAUAGUCGGGGGAGGUCAGAUUAUCCCUUAUCAACAUUUUGAUACGUUUAUGGGAAAUUUUGCACAAUUUAAUAGAGAAGCAAGUCAAAAUAGUGGCAGACAUGAUGGAUCUGAUUUAAAAGCGGGUCAACACUUUGAGAGUAAGGAUGGUUUGAGUUAUUAUCUUAGCAUCAUCGCCAUUAAUGGGAGAUUUGAAAUGCGAACAACCAAAUCAACCAAGUCUGUAAAGGAGGUUCGUUGUAUUAGUGAAGAUUGCUCAUGGAGAGUCCGUGCUACAAAGAUGAAAGAUUCACAUUUCUUUGUCAUUCGACAGUACUAUAGUCUUCACAGUUGCUCAUUAAUGAACCGAAAUGCCAAUCAUAGACAAGCAUCCAGUCGUGUUAUUGGUUCUCGUGUACAGGGACACUUUAAGAAUAGUAAAGACCCACUCAACCCAAGAAGCCUCGCAGGAUUCAUGCGUGAGGAAAUGAAAGUUCAAGUCAGUUAUUGGAAAGCUUGGAAAGGAAAACAGUGGGCUCAAAAUUUGAUUAGAGGAAUGGCCAAAGAAAAUUUUGCCUUGCUCCCUUUGUAUUGUCACAUGUUGAAGCGGGCAAAUCCAGGUGUGGCCAUAAGAGGGUUCACUUACAUGAGGAAAGUAAUUGGUAUUGAUGCGGCUUGGAUCAAAACUAAGCAUAAGGAUGUGUUAUUAGUAGCAACUACACAAGAUAGUGAAUAUCAUACUUACCCCAUUGCAUGGGGUUUGGUUGACAGUGAGAAUAACGCUUCAUGGACAUGGUUCUUAGAGAAGUUGAAGGAGUUGAUACCUGGUAGCUCAGACUUAUGUUUUAUUUCUGAUAGACAUCAAAGUAUCAAACAUGCAGUUCGUCAUGUUUAUGUUAUGGCUUCUCAUGGGGCAUGUUAUUGGCAUGUAAAACAGAAUAUAAAACACCGUUUCAAAAGUGCUGCAGGGACUAAAUUGUAUAAGAAAGCUGCAAUAGCGUACCGUAUCGAAGAGUUUAAUAAACACUUCGACCAACUUCGCAAAAUAUAUCCACGUGUCGCUAAGUAUCUUGAGAAUGAUGUCAAGUUCAGAAAGUGGUCUAGAGCACAUUUUGGUGGUAAUCGAUAUGAAGUCAUGACCACUAACAUAGUUGAGUCAGUGAACAAUUUGAUGCGAAAGGCAAGAGAGUACCCUAUUAUUGCUAUGACCGAUUUUAUCAUAAGCACGAUGGGACAAUGGUUCCUUGAACGUCGACGGGAAGCAUAUGCAGUGACAACUCCAUUGACACCGAGGAGGGAAGAAAUAAUACGUAAAAGAUGGGAUGAAGUCGGUUCAUUGAUAACUCUCCAGUUAAACGAGAAUGAGUACAAUGUGAUGUGUGGAGAACUCGAUUCAAUAGUAAAUUUAAGGUCAAAGAGUUGCACGUGCAAAGUUUUCGAUAUUGAUAACCUUCCAUGUAUCCAUGCAAUAGCAGCAGCAGGAAAGGCACAACCCCAAAAUACUGGGGAACUCAUAUAUUCUAUGUGGUCAAAAUACUACACGUCAGAAUAUUGGUUAUUAGCAUAUGCUGAAACUAUUUAUCCUGUUCCUCCAAACUCACAAUGGACCGACAUUCCUGAAGAUGUUAUUGCAGUACAAGUGAUAGCACCUCCUGAAGACAAGACUAAAGGAAGACCAAAAAUCAAUCGCAUACCUUCCCAAGGUGAAGUCCCUAAGAAAAAAUAUAAUUGUGGAGCAUGUGGACAAUCAGGAUAUAAUUCAAAAAAAUUUCCUAGUCGACAAGUGCCAUCAGAUGUUAGAAGCACAACUCAUGUGUGA